CGGCCCGCGGCCCAAGCGCUGCCGCCGCUGCUGCCGGCCCGUGGGAGGCGGGUCCGCCGCGAAAAUGGCCGACAGCGUCGUCCUCAUAAGCGACUCGGAUUCUGAGGGCAGCCGCUCGCCGCCGCUCCGGCCCCGCCGCCCGCCGCCCACGGAGAUCAUCGAUCUGACCUGUGAGGACACAAGAACAGACCUGGCACCGUGGAGCAGCCUCACCAUCAUCGACCUGACAGAGGACACGUGCAGCCCUCCCCACACCACCAGCCAUCCUAACCAGGUCUCUGGCUAUGCACUAGCUGCCCCAGCAGCACACGUGUCCCAUCCUCGGCUCUGUUCCACCCCAACACAAGAAAGAGAGGUGACAGUGGGGCCAAGCCCUGCAGCACCCUGUCACAGCACUCCCAAGGAGCCUGGUGCCAUCAUGGACACAGCAGAAAGCACAGAGAACUGGAGCAGCUGCUCUCCUGCCUCCAGCCACCACAGCUUCUCCUGCAGCCCGGAGCAGAACUGCAGCACUACCACUUUUAACAGUGACUUGGGCUCCCUAGCCAGCAUGCAGCUGGACUCAGACCUACUGUCCCUGUCUCCCUGCAGCCUGGACAGCAGCAGCAGCUGCAGAGCUGGUGCCCCAGAGGAAGAGACUCCCCAUCUCUGCCAGCAAAGAGAACUGCCCCCAAGGCUGAGCCCUGUCCCAGCCAUCCCCACAACCCCAGGAAAGGCCCAAGAGCCUUUGCUGGAAACACUGAGUGACUUACCAUCACUUAGAGCAAUCCAACAAGCAACUCCAGCCCAGACCCAGGCUGACAGCAAGGCCUGGCUGAACAAACUGCACUGUUUUGGGAGGACUGGAGUCCAGGACCCCUUCCCCCAAGGCAUAACACCCAACAGGGGAAUGCCAUCCUUGUCCCUCUGCAGCCUGGACAGUAGCAGCAGCUGCAGAGCUGGUGACCUAGAGGGAGAGACUCCCCAUCUCUGCCAGCAAAGAGAGCUGCCCCCGAGGCUGAGCCCUGUCCCAGCCAUCCCCACAGCCCCAAGGAAAGCACAAGACCCUUUGUUAGAAGCAAGUGACUUGCCACCACUUAUAGUAACCCAACAAGUGACCCCAGCCAGGACCAAGGCUGACAGCAAGGCCUGGCUGAACAAGCUGCACUAUUUCAGGAGAAGUGGAGUCCAGCACCUAUUCCUCCAAGGAGUAACACCCAACAGGGAACCGCCACAGCAGAAACCUGAGCUCAUCCCCAGUGGGAAGAUGAGUAUGGUGAGCACCACCAUGGAGGAGAACUUCCUGGAGGGCACCUUGCAUUUCCUGAGCGAAUUCGUCUCCUGCCAGCACUGUCCCCCCAAAGAUAUCAUCUCCCACUUGAUCAAACAGAUCCUGUUGCACCCCCACCAAGGGGAGAUCCUGAAGGACAUCUACAUGCUGCUGAUGAAGAUCCAAAUGCUCCAUCCAGCCAACACUGCCACAGUGGGAUGGGACUGGACACUGCUGAAACACACCAUGGAGGACCAGGAGAAGCCCCCUGGCCGGCUCCUCUUCCUGCAGUACGUGGUGCAGACCCUGGAGGAUGACUUCCAGCAGAACCUGAGGCUGCGCCUGCUGCAGAAAUCGAUUGCCAAGAAAGUGCUCUCAUGUGACAUGUGCUUCAACAACGUCAAGGAGGUGGUUGAAUGGUUGGUCGCAGCAGUUACAGGAGUUGGGUUCUCCCAGCCUAAGGAGGAGCCACAAGAAAUCACAUCCUCUUCAGCAGAAGCAAGAGCUGAACGCAGCUCAUCUGCACCAUGGUUGGCCAGCACUGACCAGGCAGAGGUGGCUCCAGCUUUCUUUGCCCAGAAGGUGAUGCUCCUGCUCCAGCGGAUGUUGUCCCUUGCAGUGGAAGUGGACAAAUCUCCCAACUGCAGCUCCUGUAAGAUCGCAGAUGUGAUAUUCCCAUUUAUACUGAAUAUUCCUCUGAGGAGCCAAAGGGAGGCUUUCAUUAACACCAUGGAGAGCCAGCUCCUGCGCUGCAAACUGCUAGAGCUGUUGUUCCAGCACAGCUGUGAUGUGCCCACAACCCUGCCCUUGUCUCCAGCCAAGAUCCUGUACUUCCUGAGCCACUCCUCUGUGCUGCUGCAAUACCAGGAUGAAACAGCAAUGUGGCAAAGAUGGGAUGAGAUGCUGCAGUACUUGAGUUUGUUGCUGCUGAGUUACCAAAAUGUAAUAAUGGAGCACUUACGGAGCUCACUCAACGACCGGAUGGACUUGAUCAUCCGGAAGGCCAAGCCCAAGCUCCAGGACAGCAAUGACAUCAGCCACCUGGACAUCGAACUGAACAUCAAGGACUUCAUCAGCCGAAUGCAGCAGAUCCUGGAGCAGCCUUUUCCCCUGCAGAUUGAGGAGAAACUGUGCAUGCUUCGGGAGCUGUUCCUCAUUGUCACUGCUACCUGAUGGAGACACCCACUGUGGCAGGGGGUAAAGACCUUCAUAUUCCCUCUACAAAAGUCCCAUCAAAACCCCCCUCACAGGCUGCAGUCUCAAGUGUCAUACAUCACGUGGGCUGGGAAAAAAAAAUACCUGGUUUACAUGGUCUCCAUUUCAAACUUGCCUCAUCCUACAGUUUUACAAGGCACUUCUAAAAAAUAAAUUAUUUUUUGUAUUU